UGUUGCCGCCUUUGCUUUAUUUCUAAUUGUGGAAAAUUCCAAAUAUUUUAAACCAGCGACAUGUCCUUGGAAUGUCCUAGUAGUCCGGUAUAUCAUACCAGUGCUGAGCAGAAGUUAAAAUCGAAAAAUGCAGCUAAAUUAUAUCGUUUUGGUACGCCCAAACUUCGGGAUCUUUUAAGAGAGAAAUGUCGCAUACGUGUUAAGCAAGCUCGCCAAUUGGGCUUUUCACACAAUCGUCCAGAUGGAGCUGCUGGGGAACCGUUUUCCCUAAGAGAUAUUGUACGCCAGGAAUUGGCUGAGUUGGAACAUGAUAUUACUUUGCAAGAUGAAAUCUAUAAUGAAUUAGAGGAAGAACUAAAUGACUGGUUUGUCGAUCAAUUGGAGGAGGAACAAAACUAUAUAAUUGAAGUGGCCAUUUCACAAGAUUUAGUAUGUCCCAUUUGUCAAGUCUCAAAUUUGGUAAUCUUUCAGGCCAAAGAUGGUUCUUACAAUUACAGAUGCAAAUGUAAUGCCAAUUUUAAUUUUUCGGCCAAUAUGGAGGGUUUGCGUGGAAAACUUUCCCACAGUGUGGAUGAACAUGAACAGAAAUGUCUAAACAAAUUGAAUUUCUUUGUUAAUCCUUUGACCAAACAAGUGGAGGGCAUGUGUGAUAAUUGUGAUUAUUUUUGUUCACUGUAGAAAAGAAUUUCUGGGAGUCUUGAUAUAUUUAUGUAUUUUGUUAUUUGAAAUUUUCUAUUUUAUUUGAUAUUGUAUUUUUUUGUUAUAAAUUUAGGUUAUAUAGUCCUCCCUGAAUAUUGAAAUUUCGAGUUAAACAAAGUAAAUUUUCAGUUUAGGGUUGACUAAUAUUUAGUAUCUUGUAAGCCAUAGUUAUGAGUAUUGUUUGAAAUUAAUUCCUUGAAGAAAAUAAUAUAUUUGUUUUAUUUAUA